GACCCCGCGCUGACCGCUUGGUGACGCUUCUGCCAAUCAGAGGCAGCCUUGCGGACCAAUCCCAGGGCGUGGAGUGUCCUCUUCGGUGUCUCGUCCCUUCGUCCCUUCGGCUCCUCGGCAUUUUCCGUGGCCAGGCCUUAUCCGGCUUUCCUUAGACCGGGUGUUGCUUCUGGGUGUAAUUUCCCAGAUCUCUCUUCAGCCACUUCCGGGUCUUCAGUCGCUCCGGAAGCCCGCGAAUCCCGGAAGUGAGGGCGCCCCAGAUUCGGCCACGAAAUGCCCAGCUUUCCGGAGAAUGUUUGAGCAAAGGCGGUGCGGCGCCCGGGCGUCCCGCAGAGGCCGCAGCUCUUGGCAAGUAUGAGGCAAAGGCCUCCUGAAGCAGAUGUGCAGCAGAACUCUCUACCAACUUUUGGGAGGCCGCUAAGUGCUGCAGAGGCCUCGGGAACGGAGCAAAGCCUUUUGUUUUAGACUCAAGAAACCCAAGGAUGGGGAGGAUCAGGUGAAAACCCUGGUUUCAAAUCACAUGGCCCAUUGGCAACAGUUGAUGUUCACAGGAUCCAUGCCUCUAGUAGUUCCACAUGUUUAUAUUCUACAGGAAAAUAAAUCAAGUGAAGGAGCCACUUAGAAAUUACAGCAUCAGAGAAGAUAUGACUGGCAAAGAAGAGAAUAUGCAGAGUGCAAACAGAGUGCUGAGGAUAAGUCAGUUGGAUGCACUUGAACUGAAUAAGGCCCUGGAGCAGCUUGUGUGGUCCCAGUUUACUCAGUGCUUUCAUGGAUUUAAGCCAGGACUGUUAGCUCGCUUUGAGCCAGAAGUAAAAGCAUUUCUGUGGCUUUUCCUAUGGAGGUUCACCAUCUACUCCAAAAAUGCCACCGUGGGGCAGUCAGUUUUAAAUAUUCAGUACAAAAAUGAUUCUUCUCUCAACCUGCUAUACCANCCACCAANUAAAACUCAGAAACUGUGGUAUGCUGUGUGCACCAUUGGGGGCAGGUGGUUAGAAGAACGAUGUUAUGAUUUGUUUCGAAACCAUCAUUUAGCGUCUUUUGGGAAAGCCAAACAGUUCAUGAAUUUUCUGGUUGGACUUUUAAAAUUAGGGGAGUUGAUAAACUUCUUGAUUUUCCUACAAAACGGAAAGUUUGCAACUUCAACAGAACGCCUCCUUGGCAUUCAUUCCGUAUUUUGCAAGCCCCAGAACAUGCGCGAAGUUGGCUUUGAGUACAUGAAUAGGGAACUUCUCUGGCAUGGCUUUGCUGAGUUUCUGAUUUUUCUCUUACCACUUAUCAAUAUCCAGAAGUUGAAAGCCAAAUUGUCUUCCUGGUGUAUCCCCCUUACUGGUGCUACUGGUCAUGACAGUACACUAGGCAGCAGUGGAAAAGAGUGUGCUCUGUGUGGAGAGUGGCCCACAAUGCCUCACACUAUUGGAUGUGAACAUGUAUUUUGUUACUACUGUGUUAAGAGUAGCUUCCUAUUUGACAUAUACUUUACGUGCCCAAAGUGUGGCACAGAAGUGCACAGUGUGCAGCCCUUGAAAUCGGGAAUUGAAAUGUCAGAAGUAAAUGCUCUUUAGAAACCAAGUUGUUUCCUCUGAGAAAAGUGUAUUAUAUCCAAUUCCUUGGAAUUAGUCAUCCUCGGUGUCAUCUGUAGGUGGCUUUUAACAGGAGUGUGCUGUACAGCCACUCUCUUCCUUUACAAGCACAACUCAGUUCUAAUCACUGGAAACCAAAUGAUACUAGAAAAUCUUAUAAAUGUUCAUGUAAUUUUUUUAGAUCAUCUAAUACAAUUUUUAAUGUCAAGAAUACUGGAAAUUUUUUGUCAGAUGAAUACUAAGAAUGACUUAGAAUACUUCUUCAUAGAAAAAGGUCAGACUCUAAAAAUAAAGAUUUUUGAGACUCUGGGA